CAGUUCCUCGCUGGUCGAGACGCUGACUUGGCGCCGUUGCCAGGCCAGCGAGCAAGCAACGGGCAGACAUGGAUCGAGACGCAGGACGAGGACGGGAAUGUCAGUCACUCUGCGCUGACUGUCGACCGCUUCUCUGCUCGCCUGCAGCUCUCGUCUUCUCUUCCUCCUCCCACCGUUCCCAUCGCAUGGCCAGCCUCUCGACGACGGCCUGACCUUUCGAUCUCGACCGCAACCCCAGACACCCCUUGUGCGAGCCAGGUAAACAACAACAACAACAACAACAACAACAACAACAACAACAACAACAACAACAACAACAACAACAACAACAACAAGAACAACAACAACACCUGCAGCAGCGGCAGCCACACCACAAGCUUACAAGAGCCAGCAGAAGGGCCUCAUGAAUUAUUAGGCCGGAUAUAA